ACAACACAGUUGUGACACAACACUAAGAAUAAAAUAUUCAACACAAAACAAAAGAUACAUAAUACCCUUUUUGUGUUUUAUAAAAUGGACACAAACCAAAUAAGCUGUUAUAUGUGUGUUUGUGAUUGUGAUUCACAGAUUCCAACAAACGCCGUUUCCUUAUUAUUACACAAAGAAAAGAGAAAGAGAGAGAAAGAGAAAGAGAAAGAGACUGUGUAUAGUUCUGUAACGGUUGCAGAAGGUGCAGCAUAACAGACACAAUUUCAAAAGCUGCUUCUAUUGUCUCUCCUUCAUAAAGCUUAAUCAUUCAACUGUGAACACUAUACUAUAUCAUCAUCAUGAUGAUUAUGAUGAUGGUGAUAAAAACUCAAUUUUUAUGAGAUUGGUUACAAACUCUGUGAAGUGUUGAAAAGUGAAAAGGUUUUUGGGUUUUUAAGUUGAAUGAAUGAUGUUGAAUCAUGGUGGAGAAGAUGAACUUUAUGAACAAUUAUGGAAGGCUUGUGCAGGACCUCGUGUUGAAGUUCCUCGUGCAGGACAAAGGGUCUUUUAUUUUCCUCAAGGACACAUGGAACAAUUAGAAGUAUCAACAAAUCAGGAACUAAAUCAAAGGAUUCCAUUGUUCAAACUUCCAACCAAGAUCCUUUGUCGUGUGGUCAAUGUCCAUUUACUGGCUGAACAAGAAACAGAUGAAGUUUAUGCACAGAUAACUUUGGUACCAGAAUCUAAUAAAAUUGAGCCUACAAGUCUUGAUCCUUGUCGUGCUGAACCUCCAAGACCAAAAACUCACUCCUUCUGCAAGGUCUUAACUGCUUCUGAUACUAGUACUCAUGGUGGAUUUUCUGUUCUUAGGAAACAUGCCACUGAAUGUCUUCCCCCUUUGGAUAUGUCUCAAUCUACUCCAACUCAAGAGUUGGUUGCUAAGGAUCUUCAUAAUUACGAAUGGCACUUUAAGCAUAUAUUUAGAGGUCAACCGCGUCGACACUUACUAACAACUGGAUGGAGUACUUUUGUGACAUCCAAAAGAUUAGUUGCUGGAGAUACUUUUGUGUUUCUGAGAGGAAACAAUGGAGAAUUACGCGUUGGAGUGAGGCAUCUCGCUUCGCCGCAGAGCUGCAUGCCUUUAUCUGUGAUUUCUGGUCAGAGCAUGCACCUUGGAGUCCUUGCAACUGCAUCUCAUGCUGUUGCAACCCAAACUCUUUUUGUAGUAUACUAUAAGCCAAGGAUGAGCCAGUUUAUUGUAAGUGUGAACAAGUUCAUGGAAGCUAUGAACCAAAAAUUUAGUGUUGGAAUGAGGUUCAAGAUGAGUUUUGAUGGAGAUGAUUCACCUGAGACCGACAAAAGAUUUUCUGGCACAAUAAUUGGAGAAGAGGAUAUUUCUUCACAUUGGUUGAAUUCAAAAUGGAGAUCACUCAAGGUUCAAUGGGAUGAGCCUGCAUCUAUUCCAAGACCUGAUAGAAUUUCACCAUGGGAGAUCGAACCGCUUUCGGCUUCUGUUCCUACAUCUGUUCAACCUCCUCCUCCUGUAAAAUAUAAAAGGCCUAGACUACCUAGUGAAGUUCCAGAUCUUGGAGACACGGCACUAGGUGACUCUGCUUACUGGGAAGCUGGGUUGACACAAUCAGAUAUAACACAAGUUAAUGUUAUGUCUGAAAACAAAAGGAGUGACAAUAUGCAUAUAUGGCAUCAUAUACAAACUGAUAAUAACAAAAUCAGCAGAAAUAGUAUAUCGAGGAAUCCGACAGAUGGAAGUUGGCUAUCUUCUCCUCAUUCUAGUUGUCCUUCUCAUUUGUGUCAAGACGCGUCUGACGAUAGCAAGAAUGUCUCGGUCUCACCUUGGCCUAUUUCAAAAACAAACUCAGAAAUACCGAACAAUGAUCGUUUGAUUAAUGAAGUUGACAAGGAGAACAAAAUAGAGGCUGCUACAAGCUGUAGAUUGUUUGGCAUUGACCUUAAUCAGAAUGCAGCAAAUGCAUAUGGAGUCACCUCUGAAGGAUGUGCUGUCACCCCUUUGUCAAGAACUGAUGCAAACCAUAAUAUGCCUGAUAUCUCAAAGGCUUCAAAAGAAAUGAUACAAGAACAGCUACAAGUAUCACCAAAAGAAACUCCCAGCAAGCAAAUCAAUAGCAGAAGUUGUACUAAGGUUCAAAUGCAGGGCGUUGCGGUGGGUCGUGCGGUGUACUUGACCGCGUUGGAUGGAUAUAAUCAACUUAUAGAUGAACUGGAGAAGCUUUUUGACAUAAAGGGACAACUCCAAGUAAGGAAUAAGUGGGAAAUUGUCUUCACUGAUGAUGAAGGGGAUAUGAUGCUUGUUGGUGAUGAUCCGUGGCCGGAAUUCUGCAAUAUGGUGAGAAGAAUUUUCAUUUGUUCAAGCCAAGAUGUUAACAAAAUGAGCUCAGGGACUAAAUUGCCUAUCUCAUCAAUAGAAGAGACUGUAAUAAGCUCAGACACAACUGAGACAUGAAACAAUGAAAUUUUUCUUUUUCAUUAAAUAAAUGUUUUGUUAGUCUUUAUUGUUGUUGUUGUUGUUUGUUUGAGUUAAUGAAGCUAGUCCAAUAUUGGCUAGGCAAGUUUCAUGGUAUUAGAUGUGAAACAUUGACUAAUUGUAACUCCAUGUAGAGUUGGAAAGACAUGUUUUAAUAAUUUAAGUAGGUGAGAGGGGGGAAUAUUGGGCUUGUAUGUGUGAAUAAUGCUUAGUGUGUGUUAGUCUUGGCAAUUUAAUGUUCAUUGCCUUUUGUAUAUUUUAAUUUUGAGUGAAGUUUCGUUCUACUCCCUAAGAAAUAUGUGAGAAAAAAA